AAGUCACGUGUCUGAUGAGUUCGGAAACAACCAGACCACUGCCUGGCCGACAGCAAGAGACACAACCACGCGAAGCAGACGACGGAGUCAGUUUUAAGAAAUUUAAAAGUUUGGAUUAUGACGCCAUAGAGAAGAGAGAAGAAUUCAAACCGGAUGUCUGGAACAGUACAGGCGCCCUGGGUAAGUGUAGUAUGCGACAAAAGUAAGAGUACGGGUGCCCUGGGAUGGUACAGUAUGAGACAAAAGUAAGAGUACGGGUGCCCUGGGAUAGUACAGUAUGAGACAAAAAUAAAAGUAUGGGCGUCCUGGGUAAGUACAGUAUGAGACAAAGGUAACAGUAUGGAGGCCCUGGGUUAGAGCAGUAUGCCCCAAAAGUAACAGUAUGGACGCCCUGGGUUAGAACAGUAUGCCUCAAAAGUAAAAGUUUGCGCGCCCUGGGUUAGAACAGUAUGCCCCAAAAGUAACAGAUCUGAAGCUCCAACAUUUUGAACAUGCGGCGUAUAGCUCCAGUCGCAACGUGUUCCAGUGGUGAAAAGGAAGGUAUGUUGGGCAGGUGGUUUGGAAAUGUCUCUCCACAACGAAGAGAAAGUUCCUUUGCAUCCUAUGCCUGUCCUUAACCUUGGUUGGUUUGGUAAAUUUCCUUAAGUUUGAUCAAUAUUUUCGCACAAAGGUGUUCUUGAAAGGUCGCAGAAAUAUUAGUUCUAGAAAUAAACUAGGUGAACGGAAAGGAAAGCCUGGUCGACCAAUCGGAGAACUCCUCAUUCCUAUACACAUCUGGCUGCUCGUACAACAGAUGAACUCUAUAAUACAUCCUACCCGUUCUUAUGUCUGACUCUGUCAAGUGCUGUCCACUGCAGUUUACCACUGCUACUUUUAAAGCAUACUGUAGAGCAGCGGGUCCCCAAUGCCGGGUCGCGACAUGUAACAAUGUGCUACUGGUUUGUGGUAACUACACACAUGUUCCACAUCUAGCACUGUGCCACUGGUUUGUGGUAACUACAGACAUGUUCCACAUCUAACACUGUGCCAUUGGUUUGUGAUAACUACAAACAUGCUUCACAUCUAACACCGUUUCUACUGGUUUCAGAUAUGCUGAAAACGUACAACCGAGAAUUGAACCAAAAUCUUCAGCCAAUCAGAGCAGAUCCUGACAACAUAACUUCAAUAACUGAAUGGUGGCAGGCGGCCGCCAUGAUUAACUGGUGAGCUAUUUAUUUAAUAGAAAGUAAGUUAGACGUUAAAAAUAUAAAGAUAAGGUAUAAAUGUUUGAUAUCAGUGGAAGAUAGUUAUUUAAGUUAAGUUUUUCAUUACGUACAAAUACACUGACAUCGAUAAACAUUUUAGAUGGACAGAAUAGAGCAACUGAUUUACUUCUAGACAAUUGAUACGAAAGUAAAAUAGAAUAAAUAUUUAUGCACCAAGCGCGAUAUUAAUUAAAACUAGACAUCAAACUGUAGGCGAAAUGUCACAUGACCAAAUCUCAGUAGACAAUUUGGUCCAUUCUCAAGAGAUGUCCAUACGAUCAUAUGUUUAAUGCUCAGAGUGAAUAAGUCGAAAUCGAGCAACGACUUUUGGAUUGGGUGGGAUGUAAGGACUUGUGUAUGUAUAUGUGUUGUUAUUUGUAUAUGUAUGUGCUGUUAGUGUGUAUAUUCUUAUGUGCUGUGUAUGUUUUUAUUUGCUGGUUUAGGUCCCGACGCUCUGUAUGAUAUGCAUGUGAAACACUGGUAUUUUGUUAACGCCAUGCUAGGAAACUAAACCACUGUCACACGUCUGGCCUUCUAAACCACUGUCACACGUCUGGCCUUCUAAACCACUGUCACACGUCUGGCCUUCUAAACCACUGUCACACGUCUGGCCUUCUAAACCACUGUCACACGUCUGGCCUUCUAAACCACUGUCACACGUCUGGCCUUCUAAACCACUGUCACACGUCUGGCCUUCUAAACCACUGUCACACGUCUGGCCUUCUAAACCACUGUCACACGUCUGGCCUUCUAAACCACUGUCACACGUCUGGCCUUCUAAACCACUGUCACACGUCUGGCCUUCUAAACCACUGUCACACGUCUGGCCUUCUAAACCACUGUCACACGUCUGGCCUUCUAAACCACUGUCACACGUCUGGCCUUCUAAACCACUGUCACACGUCUGGCCUUCUAAACAAUCAACAUCAUCAAAAGGGCAGAGGGUGCCAGAAAUCGAGGUACUCACCCAACCGGGCCCCCCCCCCACCAUGUACACCUUAUCAAUGCAGUCUGUGCCUAACAUGUUGCGAGAACGUCUGGAGACCACUCGCCCAAACAUAUAUUUUAUGCUGACCUCCAAGUCGCUUCCUAAAGUUUUCUGGGGCUCAGACGAAUGUUGCGCCCUUGUCUUUGAGAAAUGCUUGUGAUUUUAUAGUUAAUUUAACAAUGAUGUCCCCCUGAUGUUGGCGCCCGGGGCAAGUAUCUCUUCGCCCCCCCCCCCUUUUUUUUUCCACACGACCCUGUGUUUAUAUGUGUGUGUGUGUGUGUGUGCCUUUAGUGCUUAUAAAAAAUAUUAUUUACCAUUAUGUACAAACUAGAAAAGUGACAAUAUUAUAAAUUUGGAGCAAGGGCAAAUCAAGCCUGGUAAAUGCGUGACUAAACUUAUUGGCGCAUUUUUGUUUGAUGAGAAACUAAACUUAUAGGGGCAUUUUGUGUUUAAUGGCGCUUAAUCUGCCAUAUCUUGCACCAUCAUCUCUGUGUUAUCUUGCUCCACUCAAUCCGUCAUAUCUUGCACACUCAAUCUGCCAUAUCUUCCACACCCAAUCUUCCGUAUCUUGCCCAUUCAAUCUGCCAUAUCUUGCACUCCCAAUCUGCCAUAUCUUGCACACCCAAUCUUCCAUAUCUUGCACACCCAAAAUGCCAUAUCUUGCACCAUUGGACUUAAGAACUACAGCAAACAGUCUGCAAAUGUGGUAUUUUUAAAAAUUCAAAGAGCAGAUUUGAUGCCUCCUUUGGUAAAGUUUGCCUAAAGUUUGCCUAACGUUUGCCUAAAGUCGAAUGGAUUAUUAGCUUAGAAGGUGUCCACAUAGUAAGCUUAUAUUAGCUCUCGUUGAGAUGUUUUCUCCGCGUCUCCUGCAGGUAUCUCAACUCCACACUGAGGUUCCCGUGCCCCAAGCAUCUGAUUAGUUUCGCCAAGUAUUUCCUGUGUCAGGAGCCGCCUCGGG